ACCCCCGCCAAACUUUCAACCAUCCGGGCCUGCAUCCCGUCAAGCCUCAACUUAUGCCGAUUACAAAUGCUCCUGCUCGGAAGGGUUAUUGAACAGAUUGCAACUUACAUUUGACUCACGUUCCUCACGCAGUAUCGCAUAUAAGUCUCGACGUCUCCAGGCACCUGUUUCGCAUCAAGGACGUCAUCCGUUCUUAUCUCCAUCUUUCUCUGCCUCCCGUCAUCUUGGUUUAAAGACGCAUCUCAAGAGUGCACCUGCCGUGGUUUACCCGGCACAACGGUAUACGUCGUUCAUCUAAACUCACAACUUCAUUUCACGUCUUCAUCAAAUCAAAGUCAAGCUUGCGUUUUCACAAGUCACCAUCAUGGCGCUGCCUCCCAUCGUCACUGCAACUCUGCAGUCAGCUGCCCUCAGUGGCACUUCGAACAUACUGGCCCAGGUCCUGACGGCCUACCAGACCGAUAAACAACUCGUCAUCGACUGGGUCCCCGUUUUCCAGUUCAUCAUCUUCACCCUCCUCAGCACGCCGCCAAACUUCUUGUGGUGGGUCUCCCAGCGAGCACUCGUCUUUCACCAUCGCGGAUCCCUCUUCUACCUGCAUGCACGAUACGCGUCAUACCCCAGACCGUCAUCACUGACACAUCCCAGGCAAGGUUUCCUCGAAGAGAGCUUCCCGGCCUACCACGUCUCGCCCACCAAGAAGGCCAUCGCCUCGGCCGCGGCCAACGACGACAAAGCGCUCGACCGCGAGGCGCGUGAGGACCAGCUCGUGGAGCCCAAGCUCAACAUCCGCAACACGCUCAUCAAGCUCGUCCUCGACCAGACUGUCGGCGCCGCGCUCAACACGCUCGCUUUCAGCAUGUUCAUGCACAGCAUCCAGACGGCCAUGGUGCGCCCGGAGCACCUCGCGGCUGCGCAGCACUCGGGCACGUUUUUGUUUUCGCGGGGCGCCAUCGACUAUAGUAAUGUUGACUGGCAGUCCGUCGUCCACAAGAGCCAGCUCGAGUUCGUGCCCAUCUUCAUCGCGGGCCUGAAGUUGUGGCCCAUGGUCAGUUUGGUGAACUUUGCCUUUAUCAAGAGCAUUGAGGGUAGGAACUUGGUUGGUUCUCUUGCGGGUGUCGCUUGGGGUAUCUACAUGAGUCUGGUUGCUGCACGAUAAAGGACGCAAUGGCGAUGUAAGCCCGCAUCGUGGUGGGAUCUCCAUGCGUUCGACGAUGCGAAGAAAAUGAUCCCUAGACGGGGCUGAGAGGGUAACGGCUGGGUUGAUACCACAUUUUCAAAUUUUGGAGGAAGCGAGCGACUGGGGAAUGAUAAAGGGCACUCGGGCAGGAGGAAACAAGGCGCAUGGCAAGACAGAGGACGACUUCCAAAGCUCGCUUAGACGAAGUGGCACGAAGGUAACGAGAGGAUCGAGAGGAACGCAUCCCGGUUCACCUUGGCACUAUAAGCUUAGACCGUUGGAGUGCCAGCACGAAGGGGUUUAUAGGACACACUUGAUUCUAGCUAUAGAUCCUAGCCACACUAUUGACGGUUGUGCCGACAACGACAUUGUUCAAGCCUCGACCAUCAACUAAAGUGACC